CCAGAUUAUAGCCAUGACAACCGAUGCUGAAUUUCUCAGCUCGUAUGAGCAAAUAAAGGAGGCCAAUAAAUAUGCCCUUAAACAAGUGGAGUGUGCCAUAGGCCUAGAAGAAUUGGACAAACCUCUAGAUGCCAUCGCCGCCUAUGAAGAAGCUCUCAAAUUAAUUGAGAAAAGUUUUGCCAUACCGGUCAGUCUACCCGAUAAUACGGAUAAUGUUGAAAAGGAAUGGAAUGAUGCCUGUUUGAUAAUACAAAAACUGAAAGCGGCACGUACCGAGGUUACUUAUCGUUUGAAAAUUCUAAAACAACAACAUGCUCCUAUCGACACUGAAGCCAUUGAAGCCCAAGAAGGAGAACCACAAAUAAAUGGUGAACCUCAGGCAAAGAAGAAAUCGAAUUUAUUGGAAAAUCCACAAACCUAUUAUGAUAUUAGCAAUACAGGUGGUGGCCCUGCCAAAACCUAUAAACAGAUUACCAAAGGCCUACGGGAUAUUAUGGCCGAUCGUAAUAGUUCAGUUUUGUAUGAUACUCUGUUUCAGGCCAAGGUUAAGCUGUACAAAAUUAUGCCCAAUGGAGAAGUUAGAAUGUUGGCGGGCGAAACCUCCAUGUCCUUGGUAAUGUGUACCAUUGGCGGUGAUUGGAGUUAUUUAAAUGGUCUAUAUUUCAUACAAUGUGCCAUUAAAGACCCCAACAUACCCAGUCCCAUGGAAGAGGAUGGCUUGGCCGCCACUUCAUCUGUCCUUCCCCUGUCCAAUUGCAAUGACAUGAUUUGGAUUUAUCCGCUGGUGUCGACGGUAACAACAUGCUAUCAUACCGAAUACGGAGCUUUUAUAUUACCCGAUUUGGAGUCCGAUGAAAUGGGUUCAGCAUUUGGUCUAAUAUUGUGUCCUCCUCCUGAACUCUCUGAGGAAGCAUUUGGCGAUUUGCAACAAUUCUUUUUGGAUCUUUUGGAGGCGGUGUUGGCUGGCACCGUGGAACAAAUACCCGAAACGGCAUUUGUCCGACCACCACGUGAUACUAGCCAACAGGUUUCCAAGCACAUUGUUAGCACAGCAGAUUUCAUAGCUCGUGGCCUAAUUAAGGGUGCCGAAAAGACCGGAGAGUUGAUGAGAAAGAGUACACCGUAUAUUAUAUCAAAACUGAAACCAGCACCUGAAAAUCCACCACCCAUUUCCCCGGCAGUGCAUAAUACAGUUGCUGUGGCCAAGGGUGUUACUAGUGCGGCGGUGGGUGUUACAGGUUGGGUGGCGAAUAAAGUGGGCACCGCCUCGGUGGCAAUUGGUAAAUAUUUGGCACCGCAUAUCCAGCAUCAUGGUGCCAAUGUACUGCAGAAAACAUGUGGCCUAACGGAGGAUGAUGCCAAUACGAAAAUGACAAAUGCCUUGACUGUGGCUGCGGGUGCGGUGGAGGGUUUUUCGACCAUUGUUGAUGGUUUGGAAAAAUCCGCAGCAAUUUUGGGCAAUAAUAUAAGUGAAAAUUCGGUGAAAAUUAUUGAUCAUAAAUAUGGCCACACAGCCAGUUCCGUGGCGGCCGAAACCUUUGAUACUUUGGGUAAUGCCUUUGUGGUUAGCCGUAAUGUCAACUAUAUGCUACCCAAGGGUAUUGCCAAGAAGUUGGUCAAACACUCGGGCAAGGCUGUGAUCGAAGAGUAUAAAUACGAUUAUAAACAUGAAUCUCAAUAUAUUCAAGCUGGUGCAUUAUAUCCAGAUUUGAGAGUAUUAAAGCAACAAACAGUAAAAUCUGAUACGCCGUCAACGUCAUCAUCAGCAGCAGCAGCCAAUGGAAGUUGUCUACAAUAA